AUGCACUGUAGCUAUUUGUCAAGAGAUAAUGAUGCCCUGGAUACAGAACAGGAAGACGUGCGGGCCGAUGGUAGUUAUACUCGGCAAGAUCCUCCGAGCGGACUUCGAAAGUCCCCAUCGCGGUCUGUGUCGCCUCAUGCGAGCUUGCACACUCUCGAGCCCAACGCACCUUCGACGUACAAAUCGGAGUUCACCCAAGGAUUCAAUCCAUGGGGCACAGACGACCCAUACCAUUACCCCAUACCGAAGAAAGAUGAUCCAUGGGAUGAAUGCUUCAAACUUGUACUCAAAUUCGAUGAGGAAAUGUGUAGAGGAUGGAGAGAAGAAAUUGAUACCUUACUUGUCUUCGCUGGACUUUUCUCGGCCGCAGUGACCGCCUUUACCAUUGAGUCUUACACAUGGCUCCAACCGAAUCCUUUGGAUGCACAGGUCCAACUUCUGCAGUCAAUUUCCUCCCAGCUGCAAAGUUUAGGAUCAAAUUCGAGUAUUGGAGUCCAAGAGUUCUCUCAGAAUCAAUUCACCCCUGGCGCGUCUUCUAUACGGGUCAAUAUCUUCUGGUUCACCAGUCUCACCCUAGCUCUUAUUUCUGUUCUUCUGGGAAUUCUCUGUAAGCAAUGGCUACGUGAAUAUCAAAGAUAUGAGGGGCUUUCUGCAAAGGAUGCCUUCCCAGUGCGCCAUCUUCGAUAUGAGGGACUUCUAGGAUGGCAUGUGCCAGCUAUUCUCUCGUCCUUACCGCUACUCCUUCAAGCUGCCCUAGUAUUAUUCUUCGCAGGCCUCAUCGAUUUGCUUUGGACGAUCAACGACCUUGUAGCGUCUAUCGUGACUAUAAUUGUUGGACUCGCUAUGGAUCAAGCAGCGUCUAUUCUACGGCACGGCACUGAACUAUCUCCAGCUUCAGCUCAGCUCAUGGCAUUCCAAUGA